CAUGCAGGAAAACUAUGAGACGGUGACCUCGCUGGGCUACAGAUUAACGUCCACGUUUUGCUCCAGAUCAUCCCAUCCUCCCAGGGGGAAGGAAAUGGCUUCAAUGGAGCUGGCUCAGGAGCCGGUGACUUUCAAGGAGGUGGCUGUGUAUUUCACCAGAGAGGAAUGGGCUCUGCUGGACCCUUUUCAGAGAGCCCUCUACAGGGAUGUCAUGCAGGAGAACUAUGAGACGGUGACCUCUCUGGGCUACAGAUUAACGUCCACGUUUUGCUCCAGAUCAUCCCAUCCUCCCAGGGGGAAGGAAAUGGCUUCAAUGGAGCUGGCUCAGCAGGGUUUCCAGUUUCCAAACCUGAUGAGAUCUCACAGCUGGAAAGAGCGGAAGAGCCGUGGGUCCCAGACGUCCAGGGCUCUGAGGAAGAAGUGCUUCCAAGAGCUGCCUUCCCAGGUAGUGAUCUAUGUCUGGAUUCUCUCUGUCUCCCAUCGGGCGAUGGGAUGGUGAGUCAGACUGAGGAGGAGAAACCCCAUCAGGAAGAUGCUGAGCAAAGAGAACCACAUGGGACAUUAUCAUUAAGAUCCAAAGGGAAUGUUUCCGGGAGUUGU